UUUAAGUUAACCAAUUAGUCACGGCUUAGCCUAAACAAUUGAUUUAAGGUUAUGGUGACCUAGUUUAGGCGUACUCAAAAUAUUUGUUGUAUUCCGUAGUAAGCCUGUGAACAUCAGCACUUUAAAAACUGGAUUGAACAUGGUUUGUGAAUCUCUUCCAUUCUAUGCCAGUGGAUUGAUAAUAAAAGGUUUUGGCCGGGGCUCCAAGGAAUUAGGAAUACCAACAGCAAACUAUUCCGAUGAAGUAGUGGAAUCUCUACCAGAGUCUAUACAGACGGGCGUUUACUAUGGUUGGGCACAGGUGGAUCAAAGUCCAGUUCAUAAGAUGGUCAUGAGCAUCGGAUGGAACCCAUUCUACAAUAACACCAAGAAAUCAAUGGAAACACACAUAAUGCACAAAUUUGAUGGUGAUCUCUACGAUUGCAAUCUCAAAACGAUAAUGUUGGGUUAUAUAAGACCUGAAAGAAGUUUUAAUUCCCUUGAUGAGUUGGUUGCCGAGAUUAAAAAUGAUAUUGAUACAGCAACAAAGAAGUUGGAUGAACCAGAUAUGAUAAAAUAUAAGACAGAUGCUUUCUUUGAGAAAGCAAGUGAGAACUAGAGAAAUAAUCACUAUUUUACAUCUUGCAACUAUCAAUAUAUUUUUUUGGAAAAUGUUCCUAUGCCAAUUUUGGUUUAGACCAUGCAAACCUGUUUAAGUAUGAUCUAUUA